GGAGAUUCACUCUUUUGCGGGGACGAUAGUCAACUCGACUCUCUUUCUUAGUUGCUUUAAUCCAUUAGUACUUUGUACUUCUUCAAUGUGAAUUCGAUCCAUGUGGAGUCUAUCAAAACAUCUCCGUGCUUUAUUGCUCUCUUUCCCUCCUUAAGUCUGACUACUGAACCGUCACCGAUCAUCCAAUCCACUGUGAAUGAUACCAUCGAAGCGGCUGAUUUCGUCAUUUAAUACUACACCAACCAAGAUGCGUCUUCAAAAUAACAGAUCGAUGAUAGACUAUACACCCCUCCCCACAAUGGACGACUCUACGCCCAAAGCCGACGAACCCGACCCUCCCUCUUCGCCGCGGCCACCGUCGUACGAUGGCGCUGCGACGUCCACUUACCGAGCCAACGCCGAUGUACUGAACCAAGCCCUCCAGGAUAUCGGAAUGGGCCGAUAUCAGUGGCAGCUAUUCGCCGUCAUCGGAUUUGGUUGGGCCAGUGAUAAUUUGUGGCCGAUCGUCACCUCACUCAUUCUCGUGCCUAUAUCUUACGAAUUUAACGUCGCUCAACCGCCUCUGUUGACUCUCGCCCAGAAUAUCGGACUGUUGAUCGGGGCGCUCUUCUGGGGUUUCAGCUGCGACUUUUUCGGGCGACGAUGGGCUUUCAAUCUCACAAUCGGCAUCACCGCCGUCUUUGGCCUGGCAGCUGCCGGGUCACCUACAUUCGCGGCGGUUGGCGUCUUUGCGGCUUUAUGGUCGGUCGGCGUGGGCGGAAACUUGCCGGUGGAUUCGGCCAUUUUUCUCGAGUUCUUGCCGGGAUCACACCAGUACUUGCUGACCGUCUUGUCCGUUAACUGGGCCCUGGCACAGCUGCUGGCAAACUUGAUUGCAUGGCCGCUACUGGGCAAUCUGACCUGUGCGUCGGCAGAAACUUGCACCAGGGACAACAACAUGGGUUGGCGGUAUUUCCUCAUCACCAUGGGCGGGCUGGCCCUUCUCAUGUGUAUCGUCCGCUGCCUCUUCUUCACACUUUACGAGUCCCCGAAGUACCUCAUGGGCAAGGGUCGCAAUCACGAAGCUGUGACUGUAGUCCAUGAGGUUGCUCGCCGCAACGGAAAAACAUCUGAUCUGUCGCUAGAGAAUCUGGAUGAACUAAUAACCCUCGAAGAUGAGCAGCAUGUCCCGCGCCAGGGCCUCAGUACAUCCGAUCAGAUGCGCAUACUGAUGGAACCCCUCAGCUUUUCGCACGUUAGAGCACUCUUUAACACACCGCUGCGUGCCUGGUCUACUGGCUUGAUGAUCUUAAUCUGGACUCUCAUUGGACUCGGCUUCCCCCUCUAUAAUGCCUUCCUGCCCUACCUCCAACAAACUAGGGGCGUCCAAUUCGGCGACGGCUCCACCUACACCACCUACCGCAACUCUCUCAUCAUCGCGGCUGUCGGCGUUCCCGGUAGUCUCGUCGGUGGCGCUAUGGUUGAACUCCCCCGUCUGGGCCGGAAGGGAACCCUCACCUUCGCUGCCAUCGCGACAGGGACGUUUCUCCUGGCGUCGACGACGGCGUCAACCUCGGAAGCACUUCUCGGCUGGAAUUGCGCUUACAGCUUCACAAGUAGUCUGCUAUACGCCGUGCUGUACGCAUACACCCCGGAGAUGUUCGAAACCAAAGACCGUGGAACGGGCAAUGCAUUAGUUAGUGCCGCGAACCGCGUGGGAGGCAUUCUGGCCCCCAUUAUCGCCAUAUUCGCUACCGUACAGACGACCAGCCCGGUGUACGUGAGUGGAGUGUUGUUCUUAGUUGCAGGAUUCUUGGUGUUGCUUAUUCCCUAUGAAACGCGAGGGAAGUCGAGUUUAUAGAUUUUUUUUUCUCGUUCAUCUAACCCUUGUUGAACGUGAAUGUUGAAUUUUCGGGACAAUCGGUCAGUUAUAGAGGCCGAUCGCCACAUAUAUAAGGUAUUUUUUCUCAUGAUGGAUAGUUAAUAAUGCCUACACUCGGAUUUCGUGAGAUAUUUUUAACCAGGUAGAUUCAUUCCAAGCGCUAUAAAAUGAAACAGAGACCUUGUCCC